GCGUCUGAGAGACUCACCUGGCCAGGGACACGCCUACUGACAGCAGCAGUUGCAGUGAAAAGCAGCAGGGAGACCGAGGGAGCCUUGCGGGAUGGAGCGCCCUCUGCGGCCGGCGGCUCUGCUCGUCGCGCUCUGGUGCUGCUGCAGUGCUCAGCAUGUUAAUUACGUUUCACCACAUCUGGGAAGCUUUAAUGGAGCAACGAGACUCACCAUCAGCGGGGAAGGAUUUGCUCAGGAGAACCAGUUCCAGCUGAACCCCCAGGACGACACCUUUGGAAACCGGGUGACUCUGGUGUCGGACUCCCUGUCGGUCCCCUGCGACGUGGAGAGAGACUCCACCCACGGGAACCAGAUCCUGUGCUACACCAGACCGAUGCCGCAGGACCAGUACGUGGUCCACGUCAGCGUGGACGGGAUUCCCGUUCCUGACGCUAAUAUCUGCCGGGGUCGUUAUAAAUCGUACCACUGCAGUUUCUACACCAGGUGGUACCGGACGCCCAGGAUCAGCUCCCUGAGUCCCGCCAGUGGCCCCCCAGGCUCGUUGGUGACGGUUCGAGGCCGGAUCUUCACCGACGUCUAUGGCAGCAACACGGCCGUCAGCUCCAACGGCGUCAAUGCCAGGUUUCUGAGAGCCUUCAUGGGAGGGAUGCCAUGUGACCUGCUGCAGCCCGAGUCCGACGACCUGUACAACCUGCAGCUGGACUCUGAAUCGUCCCACUGGGGACACAUGAGCUGCAGGACGACGGGGACGUACGUCGGUCAUCACAACCUGAGCUUCAUUCUCGACGCUGAUUUUGGAAGGAGUUCACCCGACAAGAGCCUGUACCGGGUCUCAGCGGCGGGGAAGCUGUCCAUGUUCCAGACGUUUGCAGAGGUCACCGGAGUGUCUCCAUCGGAGGGCAGCGUCAUGGGCGGGACCCUGCUGACUGUCAACGGCCGCUUCUUCGACCAAACCGAUGAGCCGGCUCGCGUUCUCGUUGGAGGUCGGCCUUGUGAAGUCCAGAGUGUGUCUGAUGACAGAAUUACAUGCAAGACAGCCGAGGAGCCGCCGAGCAGCAACGCCACGGUGUUCCCAGGCGGAAGAGGCUUGAAGAUGGAGGCGUGGAACAACACCAGACCCAGGUCGUUGACCGACAUUUGGAACUACAACGACAACACAACUGGCUACUGGUCGCAAUGGAUCGACUCCCUGCCCGCCACCUUUGCCCUUGAAAACGAAUACUUCACCACAAGAACCACGGGCUUCUUCGUGCCUCCCGCCAGCGGCAACUUUACUAUGUAUCUCCACUGCGAUGACAGAUGUGAGCUCUACCUCAGCAACUCCACCCGGCCCGAAGACAAGGUUAAAAUUGCCUUCCAGUCAUACUAUGUAAACGACCACACAAGACUGGAGUCACAAAAAUCCGAAGUGUUGUCCCUGGAGAAAGGAAAACCAUACUACAUGGAGAUCUUGCAUCAAGAAUACAGAGUUAUAGCUAAAAUCAACAUUGGCUUGUUCCAAGAGGAGAGUUCCUUCACAGAGGAACAGACAAAUGACGCGGUUAAUGAAGUUCAGAACAUCGUGGCUGAAUAUGAAGCGUUCGACGAGGAACAGGUGGUAACCUUUGACAUGUGGCCCGCGGGUGUUGCACCUGUCAGAGAGGUGCAGAAGGUGAGCGUCAGGAGCAGCUGUGACAGCGUCCUGUGUGGAAGCACCUACUUCAGCCUGAGCUACGGACUCGCCGAAACUGGGCUGAUCCCCGUCAGCGCCUCAGCAGAGACGCUGGAAGCAGAGCUGAACGGUCUGUGGUCCAUCAAACCCGACACGGUCCAGGUCACCAAACAGGGGGGCGGUGCGACGCCCGACUACACGGUCACCUUCAACUCCGUCAGAGGUGAUUUCAAACCUCUUCAGUACGAGGUCUUCGGCUCAGACACCAGCAUCACUGUUGCCGAGGUUACCAAGGGGCAAAGCAGCAUGGAAACCUUCACGCUGGUCUGGGGCGGAGUUCCCACGAAACCUAUCGCUUUCAACGCGACAGAGCUUGAGGUCCAGGAGGCUCUGGAGGACCUGAUGAAGGCCGAGUGCCCCGCCCAAGUUCUGACCACGGAGGGCGCAGAUGUCAAGUACUUCAACGACUUUGAAAAGGACAACUCUCAGUUCUCCAGUGCCCAGAUGGGAACUCCUGAGAGGAACUCUGGUUUCUGCGGCUCGUGGUCUCUGAAGAACGCUGAGAUCCUGUUCUGGGAGGGCUACAUCACCGAGUCCGGAGAAGCGUACGGACCGGUGAUGCUGGACCGACAUCCCACGCUUUGCUUUGCGUACAAGGGACCAUUGAAGGAUGAAGUCGGGGUGAAGUUCACCUACUGGGACAGCGAUGGCGUUGCCACGACGACCACCGCAGAGAUCGGAGUCGUCUUCAACAAGGAGCCCAGGUGGAGCUACAGAUGCGUGGACCUGCUGAGCUCGCUGCAGACGCGUUACGCUGGGAGUGGCUACGUCCUGCUGGAGAUUUACCUCUACAAAGACGCCUCCGGCGCAGACUUCUACGUUGACGCCGUCCACAUCGGGAAGACACCCACCACCACCGAGAACAACGCGGUUCCCCACAAGAGGAGACCUCCCCCGUUUGAGAGCUCGGGGAAGUCGUUCGACGCGUUCGCCGUCACCAAAGACCGAUCAGCUGCUCCUCAGAUCAGAUACGAGAUCAGGGCCGUCCCGCUGGAAUGUGCCUCCGGGUUCCCGCUGCUGGAGGUCGGCUUCCUGCAGAUGUCCGGCAGUAGCGAGGACACGACUGAGUUCAGUGCAGGCGAUGCCAGCGUCAACGUCUCCCGCCCCUUCAGGGCCACGCCUCCUCUGAAUGGCACCUUUGACGUGGAGUUUAAUGGAGGCCGAGCUGAAGGUCUGUCGGUGGACAUCAGCGAGGAAGACCUGAAGUUCGCCCUGGAGGGAAUCGCAGGAAUGGGCCAGGUGCAGGUGAAGCAGCAGGGCAGCUGCAGGAGGCCCAAGUGGAGGGUGGAGUGGCUCACGAAGCCCGGAGACCAGCCGCUCAUGAAGAUCGACGGCGCGUCGAUUGUCGGCAGAAAUGUUGACAUUUCCGCCCGUGAGAAAGUGAAGGGAGGACUGCUGAUUCGAGGCCUGACGGGGGAUUUCUUCCGGGUGUGGGAAGACAAACCGCAGGUGGAGGUGUACAUCAACGGCAUUCCCUCAAAAUGUUCCGGCAACUGCAGCUUCGAGUGGUCCGAGGAGAAAACUCCGGUGGUGACCGGGAUCAGCCCGUCUCAAGGUUCUGAUGGUCUGGGGACUCUGCUGACCAUCACUGGGACCGGCUUCAGCUCAGAAAAUGCUUCCGUCAUGGUGGGAAGAACCGAGUGUGUCGUUGAGGAAUUCACCGCCACCUCUCAGGUGUGCAGGCUGGGCGGAGCCGGCGCCGGCACCUACCCAGUGUCGCUCAGCUUCCCGUCUCUGGGGGCGUCGCGUCACGCCGGCGGCGGCGUCUUCCUCUUCACCUACCAGCUCAUCGUUUCCUCCGUCUCCCCGCCGUCCGGGAGCGUCGCAGGGGGGACUCUGCUGACCGUGAAGGGCUUUGGCCUCGGCCCCGACGCCUCGGUCACCGUGGGUGGUGCCGAGUGCGUGAUGGUGGACGCCACCGCCACCGAGCUGCGCUGCACGACACCGGCGGGCGCACCGGGCUCGCGGGCCGUGGUGGUGACGGUGGGGAACACGACCCGGACCGCCGACAGCUCCUUCACCUACGACGACAGCCUCACACCUCGCAUCUCCGGCCUGAGUCCCGGGACGGCGUUCGUGAUCGGAUGGCAGGUUCUCACCAUCCAGGGCUCCAACCUCGGCGGCCCGGACAACGGCAGCGUCGUGUUCGUGGGCGUGAAACAGUGCGUCACCGUGCAGUGGACGCCGACGGAAAUCAGCUGCGUCCUCCCUGCGCUGCCGCCCGGCGUUCACGAGGUGGACGUGCAGGUCGGGAGCAGAGGGGCCGCCCAGAUGAGCAGCGGCGUGAACGCCACCGUGGAGUACAUCCUGGAGGUGUCCGGCAUCUCGCCGCUGCUCGGCUCGCUGCUGGGAGGAACCAGGCUGACUGUUUCUGGCUCUGGCUUCAGCAGCAACGCCACUGACAACAGAGUGUCCGUUGGAGGCGCCGACUGCGAGGUGGUGGCCGCUUCGCAGGGUGAGCUGCAGUGCAUUGUGCAGUCGGAGGAGACGACCCACGCCGUCACCAACCAGGGAUCCCACCUCACUCAGGGACCGGGCUACGCAUGGAGUCCCGCCUCGCUCACUGUGUCCGUCGGAGACUCGGUAAUGUGGCGCUGGGAGGCGCCCGCCUUCCUGAGAGUCGGGUACCGGGUCUUCAGCGUCUCCAACCCGAGUGGCGCCGCCUACGAAGGAGGACCGCUGUACAGUGGAGACGCCAGGACUGCAGAAGGGGUCUUCAGCUACCGCUUCACCGUGCCGGGCGUCUACUACUACAGCAGCGGCUACGUCGACGAGGCCGAAACCAGACUGCUGCAGGGAGUGGUGAGGGUCGAGAGCCGGGAGGAGAAGACCAGCCGGGUCUCCGUGAGAGUCGGAGGCAUCGAAGCCAGACAUGAGGCCGGAGGUUCACGCCGCGGCGCCAGAGCGGCACCACAGUGCGUCACCUUCCCAGAGUGCCCACCGACCAACCAGACUUCAGACGGGGUUUCCUUCAGCGCCACCGCCUGCGCCACACCGACAGUCCACUCCAUCUCCCCCAACCAGGGCUCGUACCACCAAGUGAUCCGCAUCCGGGGCAGAGGCUUCAGCAACGUCACAUGCGCCAAUGAGGUGACGGUUGGAGGCGAGCCGUGUCAGGUGAUCAACAGCUCGCUGUCCGAGAUCAACUGCCAGCUGAGCCCCGACACGGAGUUCCCCAUCGGCGUCGCCCUCCCCGUCGCCGUCAGAGUCAACAACCUCGGCGAUGCCGUUGUCGACAUCUUGAGCGAGCGCGAGCGUCGCUUCGUGGUGCUGCCGGUGGUCGACUCCGUCUCGCCGCGCGUCGGCAGCCCCACGGGCCACACCAGGCUCGUCGUCCGCGGAUCCGGAUUCUCCGAGGGGGGGGUGACCGCAGUCUUCGAGCCCUGCGACAUCCUGUCGCUCAACUACACCCACAUCACCUGUGACACGGCGCCGUCGCAGCCACGCGGCGGCGACGUCGUCUUCCACGCGGGUCCGAUCCAGAGCUCCUGCCACUCAAACUGUUCCUUCCUGUACUCCUCCUCCGCCACGCCGGCCGUCAGCAGCAUCUCCCCGGAUGCCGUCGCCGGCCUGACCGACGUGACCAUCUCCGGCUCCGGCUUCGGUAGUCACGUGGAGGAUCUGGCCGUCUUCGCCGGCGGGGCAGAGCUGGAGGUGACCUCCGUAACCGACGGCAACGUCACAGCGAGGGUCCCCGGGCUGCCGGCGGGGCUCCACCCGGUGACGGUGGUCGUGAGGAGCAAGGGCCUGGCGUCGGGUCGGGUGACGCUGACCAGCAGCGCCCGGGCGGCGCUGAACCCCGACGUGGGCAGCCUGGCCGGAGGAACCCCGCUCGUCCUGGAGGGAAACGGCUUUGCUCCGGGGAACACCAGCGUGAUGGUGGGCGGGGAACCCUGCCACAUUCAGGCGGUGAGUCCCGCCCUCCUGCGUUGCCUGACUCCUCCCCACGGCGCCGGGCAGGUGACCGUCACCGUCCAGGUCUUCUCUGUGACCUACCCACCUCUCAACUUCAACUACUCUGCAGCCCACACUCCCGUUGUCAGCUCCAUCAGCCCCACCUCCGGGCCGAGCGGCUCCCUCGUCACUCUGACGGGUUCUGGUUUUGGCAGCGACGCUCAACUCGUCUCUGUCACCAUAAAUCAUGUCCCUUGCAACGUCACGUCCAUCUCCGACACGCGGCUCCAGUGCACAGCGGGGAACAACCCCGGUGGAGAGUUUCCAGUCGUGCUCCAUCACCAGGUCAAAGGCCACGCCCAGUCGGAUGUGGCGUUCAAGUACGAUCUGACGCUCAGCAACGUGCAGCCCAACGAAGGGAGUUUUGGGGGCGGAGCUCUGCUGUCCAUCCAGGGCUCUGGGUUCGACCCAGUCAACUCCACGGUGCUGAUCUGCGACCAGGAGUGUGAAGUUGACAGAGAUAUGUCCACGUCCAGUCUUCUGUACUGCUGGUCUCCGCGCAACAACGGCUCUCAGUCCCAGCUGAGCUGCCAGGUCUCCGUCAUCAACCCCCUGGACGCCGCCAGCCUGUCCGACGGCUUCGCCUACAGGUCUGAUCUGACUCCAGUGAUCAGCCAGGUGUCUCCGCGGAGAGGCGGCACCGCCGGCGGCACCCGGCUCACCAUCGCCGGCUCGGGUUUCAGCACCAGCGCCAGCGAGGUCAACGUGACCAUCGCCGGGUCGGUCUGUGAGGUCCAGUCCGCCAACAGCACCCACAUCGUGUGCGUGACCAGCGCCCAGCGCCGGUCCCAGGAGGCCCGGGUCCGAGUGAGCGUGGGGGACCGGGGCAUCGCCGCUACGGACGAUGCCGACUUCUUCUACGUGGACGUUUGGUCGUCCCGGUUCACCUGGGGGGGGCUGGACCCGCCGGAGAAGGGCUCGUUCGCCGUCAUCACCGAGGGCCAGACCGUCCUGCUGGACACCGACACGCCGGUCCUCAAGAUGCUGCUGAUUCAAGGAGGGACGCUGGUGUUUGACGAGGCGGACAUCGAGCUGCAGGCGGAAAACAUCCUGAUCACCGACGGCGGCCGCCUCCAGGUCGGCCAGGAGGGGGCGCCGUUCCAGCACAAAGCCAUCAUCACCCUCCACGGACACCUGCGCUCACCUGAGCUUCCCGUCUACGGAACAAAGACUCUGGCCGUCAGGGAGGGCGUGCUGGACCUUCACGGUAUUCCUGUCCCGGUACCCUGGACCCACUUGGCCCAGACGGCAGCGAGCGGCUCCAACACCCUGACCCUGAUGAUGGCGGUGACAUGGAAACCCGGAGACCAGAUUGUUGUUGCCUCCACCGGCCACAGGCACAGUCAGAAAGAGAACGAGGUGAGGAGGAUCGUCGCCGUGUCGGCGGACGGGACGACCCUGACCCUGGACCAACCGCUCACCUACGGCCACCUCGGGGUGUCGGUCACGCUGCCUGACGGCACCGUGUUCGAGGGCCGGGCCGAGGUGGGUCUCCUCACCAGGAACGUGGUGGUUCGAGGUUCCCAGCACCAGGAAUGGAGCGACCAGAUCCAGGCCUGUCCCGACGGCUUCAACACAGGUGAAUUUGCCACCCAGACCUGUUUCCAGGGGCGGUUCGGGGAGGAGGUCGGCAGCGACCAGUUCGGAGGCUGCAUCAUGUUCCACGCACCCAGACCGGGCCAGAACCUGGCAGUGGGCCGGCUGGAAUACGUGGAGGUUUUCCACGCGGGCCAGGCCUUCCGGCUGGGCCGUUACCCCAUCCACUGGCAUCUGAUGGGCGACGUCAACUACAAGUCCUACGUCCGGGGCUGCGCCAUCCAUCAGACGUACAACAGGGCCGUAACCAUCCACAACACCCACCGGCUGCUGGUGGAGCGCAACGUCAUCUACGACAUCAUGGGCGGAGCCUUCUUCAUCGAGGACGGCAUCGAGACGGAGAACAUCCUGCAGUACAACCUGGCCGUGUUCGUGAAGCAGAGCACCAGCCUGCUCAACGACGACGUCACGCCCGCCGCCUACUGGGUGACCAACCCCAACAACAUCGUCCGCCACAACGCUGCGGCGGGGGGGACCCACUUCGGCUUCUGGUACCGGAUGCACGAGCACCCGGACGGGCCGUCCUACGACCCCGACAUCUGCCAGAAGAGGGUUCCCCUGGGCGAGUUCUCCAACAACACCGUUCACUCUCAGGGCUGGUUCGGGAUCUGGAUCUUCCAGGACUUCUUCCCGAUGAAGAGCGGCGGCUGCAGAUCCAGGACGCCGGAGCCGGCCGUCUUCGACUCGCUCACCGCCUGGAACUGCGAGAAGGGGGCAGAGUGGGUCAACGUGGGCGCCGUGCAGUUCAGCCGCUUCGUCAUGGUCAACAACGAGAAAGCCGGCGUCGAGGCCAAGCGCAUCAUGCAGUGGGCCGUGAGCGGCUUCGGCGAGGAGGGCGGGGCCACGGUGUCCAACAGCACCAUCGUGGGCCACGUGGACGAGCUGGGACUGGGAACCGACCAAUGCACGCACCGCGGCGUCAUUGCGCCUUUCGACGACGGCAUGAGCGUCCUGAACACCAGAUUCAUCAACUUCGACCGUCCUGGCUGCGCGGCCAUCGGAGUGACGUCGAUAGACGGGACGUGCGUGGACCGAUGUGGCGGCUGGGCCGUCAGGUUCGGCGGCGUCCGGUACCUGAACUCCCCCAACAAGGCCGGGUUCAGGUGGGAGCAUGAGGUCCAGCUGGUGGACACGGACGGCACCCUCACAGGAAGCGUCGACCACAAGGUUGUGCCUAUGAGCAACUUGCUGGACCCGGCUCACUGCUCCCAGAGGGAUGAGUGGAGCGUGGGUUUCCCCGGCGCCGUGUGCGACCACACUGUCGACUUCCACCGUUUGGCAUUCAACAAUCCCACGCCAUCCUCCCUGCAGGCCAAGGACGUCAUCCUAACCAACUCCCACGGCAGCAGCGUGGUGCCGUACCUGAAGAAGAGGAUGACCCAUAAGUUCGGCUGGAUGGCCCUGCUGCCGUCCAGACAGACGUACAACUGGUUCUUCCAGGACGCUGACCAUGUCACCAACAUCACCUACGACGCCAAGUUCUACGGCUUCAAGCCGGACCAGUACGUCCUCGUCAACCACAACCUCACCCAGAGUCCGGACCGGUUCCACGUCGUGGACCAGAGGAACGGGUCGGCGGCGCCGCUCAGCUUCAGCGGCAGCAGGAACGGAGACUGGUUCUUCGACAACAGAACCAACGACCUCUUCUACAUCAUUUCGGGGAAGGAGAGCGAGCGGCGCCGCCGUGACAGCGUGGACCGGUCCAUGACCGACGUCGCCACCGACUUCGCCGUCUACCGAUGUUUCUAUCAGGACUGCAUCCCUCCUCCUCCGGCCACGCUGGCGCCCUUACCGGGCGGGCGGCCCGACGGGUUCAUUUUGUGGUCCAACGAGUCGUUCUGGACGAGUUCGGCUGAAAACAACUUCGCCGUGCCAAAGGAGGGCGCUGAUGUGGUCAUCCCCUCCGGGAAGUGGGUCGUCUUGGACGCCGACACCCCUCCGCUCAACAAGCUGACGGUCGUCGGAGUCCUGGAGAUCCCCGACACGGCCGAGGCCUCGUCCAGCAGAGAGACGCGGUCCACGCCGGAGUUCAGAACGGUGGCGAUAGACGCCGUGUACAUCUCCAUCCAGGGGGGCAGGCUGAUCGCCGGGUGGCCGGACGAGCCCUUCAGGGGUCAGCUGACCAUCACCCUGAGGGGGCACCACCGCACCCCCGACUGGCCGCUGCCCAACGGACCCAACCAGGGGUCCAAGGUCCUGGGUGUGUUCGGCUCCCUGGACCUGUACGGCCAGCCUCACAACGUGUACCACUGCAAACUGGCGUCCACCGCCGAGGCCGGCGCCGCCAUCCUGACGCUGACGCAGGCCGUGGACUGGCAGGUGGGAGACGAGCUGGUCGUCUCCACCACCAGCUACAACGCCUCAGAGACGGAGAAGCGGCGGAUCGCCGGCGUGUCGGCCGACGGCCGCCGCCUGACCCUGGACCAGCCCUUGGACCACACUCACAUCGGUGAGACCCACUCGGUGCCGGGGACGUCUCUGUCCUACGUCCUGGCGGCCGACGUCGGCCUCCUGAGCAGAAACAUCAGGAUCGUGGGCCAGGAUUACCCCGACAUGGCGGCGGAGUUGUUCGGAGCCCGACUGCUGGUGGGGGCCUUCUCCAGCGCAGGAAUAGACUACAAGGGAAAAGCUCAGAUCAGAAACGUGGAGUUCUUCCGCUCGGGGCAGGAAGGCUGGACCGACUACUACGACCCGCGAUACUCCGUGGCCUUCCUAGACCUGGGAGAGAUUCCAGGAAACGAGUCGUACAUCCAGGGCUGCGCGUUCCACGACGGUUUCUCUCCGGCCAUCGGCGUCUUCGGGACGGAGGGACUCGACAUCGACGACAACAUCGUCCACCACACCGUCGGAGAAGGAAUCAGGAUCUGGGGGGAUAAGAUAUCGCUGAGGAGGAACCUGGUCACCAUGACGCUGUGGCCCGGCUCGUACCGGGGCAGAGAGGAGCCCUUCAACUUCGACUGGAACGCUGCCAUCGAGAUCAACGAGGGGACGAACGUGGUGCUGCAGCACAACGUGGUGGCCGGGUACGAGAGGGUGGCGUACCGCAUCGACGGCGAGCCGUGUGCAGGAUCCUCGAACAGUCACGAGGCCUGGGUGGAUAACGAGGCUCACGGCGGUCUGUACGGAGUCUACCUGAACAAAGACGGGCUGCCGGGCUGCAGCGCCGUCCGGGGCUUCUUCAUCUGGAGGAGCUUCGACUUCGCCAUUUACUUCCAGGUCACCAUGGACGUGGUGAUCUCCAACGUGACCCUGGUGGACAACGGGAUGGGCAUCAUGCCCCUCGUCUACGCGCCGCCGUCGCUCUCGCACGCCUACGCCGAUAAAACCGUUCACGUUCAGGAUGCACUGAUUGUCGGGAGCAGCCCAAGAUUCGACUGUUCGGACACUCUGAGCUCCGGCGACUUCAACCUGGACAUCAGCGCGGCACAUCGCGCCCCCAGGCCCCCCAACGGAGGAAGAUCUGGGAUCUGCUGGCCGACCUUUCAGUCUGGACACAACACGGCCCCCGUUAAACCGCAUGCCCUCAACAUGAACUACAACGCCAUCAAGGGGCUGAUGAGGGUCACGGAUACGACGUUCGUCAAUUUCCGCAACGUCUGCUCAGGCGAGACGAACUUCGCCUUCAUCACCAACCCCCUGAACGAGGACCUGCAGCAUCCCGUGCAGGUUUCCGGCAUUAAGAUGGUGGACAGCUCGGAGGGGAACGAGGUUUUUAUCCACAGGCCUGACCUGGGAAAAGUGAACCCGGCCGACUGCGUGGACAUGGACUGCGACGCCAAGAAGAAGACCUUGUUGAGGGACCUGGACGGGACGUUCCUGGGGGCCGUGGGGGCCGUGGUGCCUCAGUCCGAGUACGAGUGGGGCGGGGACCCCAGGAGGGGGUUGGGGGACUAUCGGAUCCCCGGCAUCAUGCUGACGGCGCUCAACGGCAGCCGGAUCCCCGUGGAGCAGGUGGCUCCUCAUAAAGGUGUGGUCCGGGAGAACUGCACCUACGUGGAGUCCUGGCAGGGCUACCGCUGCUUCGGCCUGAACUACCGGAUGGUGGCAAUCGAGAGCCUGGACUCGGACACGGAGACCAGACGCCUGUCGCCGGUGGCUGUGCUGGGGGGGGGCUACGUGGACCUGAUCAACGGUCCGCAGGACCACGGCUGGUGCGCCGGCUACACCUGCCAGAAGCGCCUGUCCCUGUUCCACGCCAUCGUGGCCACUGGCCGCGCCUUCGACGUUUACUUCAGCAGCGUCAGCCCGCAGAAGCUCCGCCUCAUGAUGCUGAACUCUGACCCCUCAGAGAGCGUCUUGUUGUCCGUUUUCUACUCCAAUCCUCAACGGCUGGACGUGUAUGUCGCCGAGCAGCUGGUCCCUCCCACCAACGCCGCCUGGAACGAAGACGGGUCCGACUACACGCUGAUGGAGCCCACUUCCGCAGACGAGUACGUCCCUCUGAUGAACGCCACCGCGGGAGCCAACUACUUUGAUCAGGACUACAAGAUGCUGAGGGUCCUGCUGAGAGGCUCCACGCCGGUGGAGGUCCGGACCUCCCCGGUUCUGGUCCUGGCCUUCAACAUGCCGGCCAUCUCUGAGGACGAAUUCUUCGGCGCCAACCUGAUACAGAACCUGGCCUUGUUCCUCAAAGUCCCGGCCAACAUGAUCCGCAUCACCAAGGUGGUCCGGGAGGACGGGGGGGCGGCGCGGCGCCGGAGGAGGUCGGCCGGCCUGACGGUGGAGGUGGAGAUCAAGAAACCCCCGGUGCAGCAGGCCGCCAACGGCACCAAUGACGAGGAGGACUUCACGCUGCUGAAGAACAUCGCCGAUGAUCUGGGUCAAGCUGCCGUUUCUGGAAACCUCAGUCGGUCCAUCGGCUUCAACGUGUCCUCGAUGGGCAUCGUCCCUCCCCCUCCCCCGUCCUCGGACCCGAGCUGGAACGAGGUGGCGAAGGAGAACGUGACACGGGAGGAGCCCACCGCCGUCUUCGUGGCCAGCGUGGCCAGCCUGCUGCUGGUGGCCGAGCCGCUCGCCGGCGAAUUCGUGGGGCCUCUUCACCAGCAGCCGAGUCUGAUGGCCGUGGACCAGGAGGGUAACUGCGUCUCCGUGGGCGUGACGACGCUCACGGCUACCGCCACUCUGAAGGACUCCAGCGGGAACGCCGUCGCCGGCCUGGAGGGAAACACCUCCAUCCUGUUCAGCGACUGCUGGGCCAACUUCACCGACCUGUCCAUCGAGCAAGGCGGCCAGAACCUGACCAUGGCCUUCACUCUGAAGGACUGGGGCGCCGAGUCCGGAGCCUUCUCCGUCAGGAACCCCCCCACCACCCCGACCACCACCACCACCGACGGCAGCAUCUUCAGCUCCGCCUCCACGCUGGCCGCCGGCAGCCUCUGCCUCGUCAGCGUCAUCUACCAGGUGGUCUGCUGCUCCGGCAGCAUCCCCGUCUGCUAGAGGUCCUCAGAGGGGUCAUGAAGGAAACCUCCACUUUUACUCACCUGAUCUGUUCCUCUUUGGGUUUCAUGUGAAUUUUUAAUGUUUUUAAAGAAGUAUAAUCAUGCACUUGAAUCUUAAAUGAAGUAUCAAGCUUCCUUUAAUUCUACAUUAAGAAGCAUAUUCAUUCCCUGUUGUAUGUAAUAAAUGAGACGGGGCUCUUAAAUCUGAAAUUAAGUUGAAAGUUUUAUAACUGUCAUAUAAACUGUACUGCACUUUACGGGUAUUUGAAAGGAAAAUCUCUUUAAUAAAUUCUAUUUUCAUCUAUAAUCGGUGCACUUCUUCAUUAAAGGAGACGUAUUGUGCCUCGUCAGCAUCCUGUACACCUCAGUCUUCAUUUCUGUCGUUACCAGCGGGUUUAAAGGGUUGUUAAGUCGUUCUACCAACAUCACAGCUAAGAGACACACCGUUAGGCUCGGAAACGGACUUGGUGCCAGUUCCUUUACGGAACAAAGUCACCAACUUAAGCCCCGUCAGCGUCAUCUACCAGGUGGCUGCUGCUCCGGCAGCAUCCGCAGUGGGAAGGUGGCUCAGUUGGUAGAGCGUUUGCCCAUGAACUUGAAGGUCAGUGGUUCGAACCCUAGUUCCUCCUGUGUCCACCAAAGUGUCCUUGGGCAAGACACUGAAUCCCUCGGUUGCUCCCGGUUGUCAGGCCAGCGCCGUUGUGUAUGGCAGCUCCACCGACAACCGGUGUGUGAAUGUGUGCGUGUGUGGGUGAAUGUUUGCAGUGUAAAGCGCUUUGGGGCUGUAGGAGUACAGCUGGAAAGCGCUAUAUAAGUGUAAGCCAUUUACCAUUUACCAUCCCCGUCUGCUAGAGGUCCUCAGAGGGGUCAUGAAGGAAACCUCCACCUUUACUCACCUGAUCUGUUCCUCUUUGGGUUUCAUGCGAAUUUUUAAUGACGUAUAAGGGGUUAGAAGUUUAUUCACUUAUCUAAGUAUAAGUAUAAUCAUGCACUUGAAUCUGAAAUGAGGUAUGACGUUUUCUUUAAUUAUACAUUAAGAAGCAUAUUCACUCCUCUUUGUAUGUAACACAUGAGAUAGGGCUCUUAAAUCAUAAAAACUGUUGCACUUUAUGGGUCUUUGAAAGGAAAAUCUCUUUAAUAAAUUCUAUUUUCACCUAUAA